AUGGCGGUUGUCUUGGUCAGAAUGGUGGAUCCGCCAAAGUGGGCAGGUAUUUCAGGCCUCCUUGAACAGAAAUCACACACGGAUAGACACAAUGUCAAUCGGCAGCGAGCUAGUGCCAGCCAUGUUGGAGAUUGGGAGGAAGGACUGGCGACACUGUUAGGGUUCUGUAGCUCGGAGCAAGUAGUCACUUUCGAGAAAUCAGGUGGAGAGGCCAAAUGUGCAAAGAUGUGUUCAGCAAAGAGGGCAGCGGGACAGCGAGCUAAACGAGCAGAUGUCAGCGUCUGUGAGAAUGCUCCGAGCAGAACAGCAAGCAAUUGA